UCGUUGAAGACAGAGAGACAAUAGACCCACUCUUCUCUCUCCUUCUCUCUCUUCUAUUUUUCUGAGUUGAGAGAGAGAAAGAAAGAAAGAAAGAAAGAAAGAAACUGAAGAAAGAGAAAAGACAGCUCUAACUUCCCAACGAGAUAAUAUAGCAGUGUGUGUCUCCUUUUUCAUUUUCAGUCCACUACGCUUCUUCUCCGUUUCAUUCACAUUUCCACCUUUUACCUUCAACCCAAAAAAAAGGGAACUUUUUUUUUUUUGAAUUUCAUACCUUACAGCAACUACUUCUACUUCACUUCAAAUCAUUCUCUCACAAUUCUACCUCUCUAAAUUUACUUUUAUUAUAAUUUUAUUACUAUCUAUCUCUCAAUUCGCCCUUUGGGAAUUCAAUUAUUUGACUAGUCUUUUUGUUCAGCUUUUUUUCUUUUUUGGGUUUGAUCACCAUUCAUCAACUUGUUCCGCCCCAAGUUGUGAAUUCGCCGUUUUUGGGUUCAGGUUGGCUCCGAUCGAAUUGGGUAUUUGCGGGAUCUGCGAAGGUGUCUGGUUGUUGCAAAAAGUUUUGAUCUUUGCUUUGCGGGGACGAACUCAAAACAUCGGUUUGGAUCUGAUCGGGGCGGAAACAGCGCCAUCAGAUGGCGCUGUUCAGAAGGUUCUUCUACCGGAAGCCGCCGGAUCGGCUUCUAGAGAUCUCCGAGAGAGUUUAUGUUUUUGACUAUUGCUUCUCUACGGAUGUCUUGGAAGAAGAUGAGUAUAGGGGUUAUAUGGGGGGGAUUGUGGCGCAGCUACAGGAUCACUUUCCAGAUGCUUCUUUCAUGGUGUUCAACUUCCGAGAAGGGGAUAGACGCAGCCAAAUCUCAGAUAUAUUUGCUCAGUAUGACAUGACGGUUAUGGAGUACCCUCGGCAAUACGAGGGUUGCCCCCUUCUGCCAUUGGAGAUGAUCCAUCACUUCCUUCGAUCAGGUGAAAGCUGGUUGUCUUUGGAGGGGCAACAAAAUGUGCUUUUGAUGCACUGCGAAAGGGGAGGUUGGCCCGUGCUGGCAUUUAUGUUAGCAGGUCUUUUAUUAUACCGUAAACAGUACACUGGGGAGCAGAAAACUCUUGAGAUGGUGUACAAGCAAGCUCCAAGAGAACUCCUACACCUUUUAUCUCCCUUGAACCCACAACCUUCACAGUUGAGAUAUCUUCAGUAUAUUUCAAGGAGACAUUUGGGUUCCGAGUGGCCCCCUUCUGAAACACCCUUGUGUUUGGAUUGUCUGAUUCUUAGGGUCCUUCCGUUAUUUGAUGAUGGAAAAGGUUGCAGGCCUGUGGUACGUGUGUAUGGUCAAGACCCUUCAAAUCCUGCUAAUAGAAGUUCGAAGCUUCUUUUUUCAACUUCGAAAUCCAAAAAGCAUGUUCGCCACUACCUGCAGGCAGAGUGUAUUUUUGUGAAAAUCGAUAUCCGUUGUCGUGUUCAAGGGGAUGUUAUUCUUGAGUGCAUACAUUUGAGUGAAGAUUUCACUCGUGAGGAGAUGAUGUUUAGAGUCAUGUUCCAUACUGCAUUUGUGCGGUCAAAUAUAUUGUUGCUGAGCCGUGAUGAAAUUGAUAUAUUGUGGGAUGCAAAAGAUCAAUUUUCUAGGGAUUUCAAAGCAGAGGUGCUUUUCUUGGAUGCUGAUGCUGUUCUACCCGAUCUAACCACAGUCGCAGCGAAUGAUGAUGCAAAUGAAACUGAAAGUGCCUCCACUGAAAGUGCUUCACCUGAGGAGUUUUAUGAAGUGGAAGAGAUUUUUAGCAAUGUAAUUGAUGGACAGGAAGGUAAAGGUGAGUAUGAUUCUCAUGCUAUUAAUGACAGUGCUGUCUUUGAUGGAAAUCAUAAAGAGGUUUGGAAGGGGGAGUUGGAUUCUCACGGCUUUCAGGAUUGUACGCCAGAUGAUGGGCUUCAAAAACGGCUCGAUGAGAUGGAUUCUGGUAUUAAUGAAGUGAAAGACAUCUCUGUUGAUGAUGUGAAAUACAAGCUUGAUGAGAGCAUGGAUUCAGAUCCUCAUGCAGUGAAGGACAUUGCUGUGGAUGAUGGAAAAAUUAAGUCAACCGCUGCAAUAUUUUCAGACAUGAAAACAAUGGAAAUCGAUGUGGAUGUGAACCAGGAAAUGGCAAUCCAAAACAAAUAUGAUGAAGAUAACAAAGUUAUAGAAAGGGACUUAGAAUCCAAGGCAGGGCAGCAGAUAGCUGAUAUUGCAAGACAAAAAUCAGGUAAACUUGUUCCAUUGGCUCCGAAGAAACAACCUCCAUCAAACUCAAAGCCAAUGGGAGAUUCAAUUACAACAAAGCAAAAGACUAAACAGCAAGAAACCCAAGGUUUUCAGUCAAAACAAGCUAAGCCUACUGCAGUAACUCAAUGGAUUCCUUCUAACAAGGGUUCUUACACAAACUCAAUGCAUGUAUAUUAUCCAUAUAGGAACAAUAGUGCACCUGCAGCACUUACAAAUUAUACAGCUCCAAAGGAUAAAAUGGAAGAUACCAAAGUGAAGUCUUCAUCUGCAUCUGCUGCUUCUACUGACACGAGAAUUGAACUGAAAAGUCGCAAGGUGGCCCCUACAAAAUCUUCAGGCAACACAGUAGUAGGAUUGGAUGCUAACCGCCCUCAAUCAUUACCAUCUGUUAAAGAAACAUCUUUUGACUUUGAGUUAGUUACAGAAGCAGAUCAACAGAGCUCAGAGCAAGAGCUACGACCUCCACCACCGCCUCCUCCUCCUCCUCCACCUCCGCCAAGAAACUUUUCUUCACGUGUUUUUGAUCCCUUAUCGUUUCAGGAUGAUGUAUCAAGUCAAGCAUCUCAAUCUCCACUGGUAUCCUCAUCCUCUUUGGGUGGAAAUGUGUCUACUGCACAAGCCCCGCCACCUCCACCACCGCCACCGCCGCCAUUUUCAAGAUCAAUUAGUAAACAAAAAGUAGGGAUAAGUUUACAACCUGCAACUUCUCCUCCUACCGCUCCACCCCCAACUCCACCACCACCCCCAUUUUUUGGGCAAAACAAGAGGAGCUUACAACCUUCUCCAUCCUCUUGGAAGUCUCUGUAUUCCUCAAUUUCCACUGCUGCGGAAUCUAGUAGUUCUGAGGUAUUUGAAGUAGUGGGUCUUGCACCUCCUCCUCCUCCACCAAGAGCUCCACCUCCCCCACCUCCACCUCCUUUUAGUAGAGCUCCACCUCCCCCACCUCCACCUCCUUUUAGUAGAGCUCCACCUCCCCCACCUCCACCUCCUUUUAGUAGAGCUCCACCUCCCCCACCUCCACCUCCUUUUAGUAGAGCUCCACCUCCCCCACCUCCACCUCCUUUUAGUAGAGCUCCACCGCCACCACCUCCACCUCCUUUUAGUAGAGCUCCACCUCCCCCACCGCCACCUCCUUUUAGUAGAGCUCCACCUCCCCCACCGCUACCUCCUUCUAGUGGAGAUCUGACUCCCUCGCCACCACCACUUUUGACUAGAGCUCCAUCUCCUCCACCACUUCCUCCAUUACAUGGAGGCCCACCUGCACCUCCACCUCCUCCAAUGUCUAGAGCCCCAGCUCCUCCACCUCCCCCUAUUCGUGGAGCACCACCUCCUGCUCCUCCUCCUCCUAUGCGGGGAGCACCCCCUCCUCCACCACCUCCUGGGGGUCAAGGUGCACCUGCUCCGCCACCUCUUGGUAGUCGAGGCCCUCCUCCUCCACCUCUUCCUGGUGCUUCCGGUGCUCCUCCUCCACCUAGACCUCCUGGUGGCGCACCACCACCUCCACCCUUGGGUUCUAAAGGUUCAAAUGUUGGAGCUGACCCAAGAGGAAGAGGGCGUGGAUACGUGCGCCCUGCAGGAGCAGGUGCUGUUGCACCUCGACGGUCCUCCUUAAAGCCAUUGCACUGGAGUAAGGUUACAAGGGCAUUGCAAGGAAGUUUAUGGGAAGAAUUACAAAGAUUUGGAGAACCUCAAAUUGCACCAGAGUUUGAUGUUUCAGAGCUAGAGAAGCUUUUCUCUGCAAAUGUUCCAAAACCUUCUGAUUCAAGUGGUAAAUCUGGAGGGCGGCGCAAAUCUGUUGGAUCUAAAACUGACAAAGUCCACUUGAUUGACCUAAGGAGGGCUAACAAUACUGAAAUUAUGCUCACUAAGGUUAAGAUGCCACUUCCUGAUAUGAUGGCUGCUGUGCUGGCUAUGGAUGAAUCAGUAUUAGAUGUAGAUCAGGUGGAAAAUCUCAUUAAGUUUUGUCCUACCAAAGAAGAGAUGGAACUUUUGAAGGGAUACACUGGUGACAAAGAGAAUUUGGGAAAAUGCGAACAGUAUUUUUUAGAGCUGAUGAAGGUGCCACGAGUAGAGUCAAAGUUAAGAGUAUUCUCUUUCAAGAUUCAAUUUCUGUCUCAGGUUACAGAAUUUAAGAAGAGUUUAAAUGCUGUGAACUCUGCUUGUGAAGAGGUCCGAAAGUCUGUCAAGCUGAAGGAGAUCAUGAAGAAAAUUCUUUUUUUGGGUAAUACAUUAAAUCAAGGAACAGCUAGGGGAUCCGCAAUUGGAUUCAAGUUGGAUAGUCUUUUAAAGCUUACUGACACUCGUGCUUCUAACAAUAAGAUGACACUGAUGCACUAUCUUUGCAAGGUUCUAGCUGAUAGGUCGCCUGGACUGCUUGACUUCCACUUAGACCUUGUAAGCCUGGAAGCUGCGACUAAGAUACAAUUGAAGUCCUUAGCAGAAGAGAUGCAGGCAAUCAUCAAGGGACUAGAAAAGGUUAAACAGGAGCUUGCUGCAUCUGCAAAUGAUGGACCUGUGUCCGAAGUUUUCUGUAAGACAUUGAAAGAAUUCAUAUCUGUUGCUGAGUCAGAGGUAGCAUCUCUGACAAGCCUAUAUUCUGUGGUGGGUAGAAAUGCUGAUGCACUCGCACUAUAUUUUGGCGAGGAUCCUGCUCGUUGUCCAUUUGAACAAGUCACCACAACUCUCUUAAAUUUUAUAAGGUUGUUUCGGAAAGCGCACGAAGAGAAUUGCAAGCAGGCAGAGUUAGAGAAGAAAAGAGCCGAGAAAGAGGCUGAAAUGGAGAAGGCUAAGGGCGUUAACUUGACAAGGAAGAGUGCAAAAGAUAGUUGACGACUGUGUUUUCUGCAUUUUUCGCACCGACAUCAUGCUCUCGCCAAAAGAGUAGGUAUCUUCCCAUGGUAUGAAGGGGAACACUGCUUCUGGACUUUAAGAAGCCAACCUUUCCAUGAUGAUGAUGUGAUAAUUAGCUUUUCGACCCGGUCCAUUCGAGGUGGAAUUGCAUAUUCCUGCUCCCUGUGGACCUCUUGAUUCAUUAAAUGCUAUGGUGCCGGAAUCUGCACACACAAGUUUAUGCAAAUGACACCAUGCUUCUGUUGCUUCAGAUGCCUUCCACGGCCAGCGAGUGCUACGAAAAACAAUGUAUCCGGUCCCACUACGAUUCAAGAAGAAAUUUUGUAUUUUUCAGUGGAACUAGCAUUGGCUUUGCACCAUCGAUUUAGCUGCUUCCUGACCUUCUUGGAUCUGUAAAGCACCAAAGUCAAUUAUAGUAUAAUGAAAUCUUGUACAAAGCUCUAACCCUUUUCAUUAGGAUCCAAUUCUUUGUCAUGUAACAUAGAAAAGAAGAUCAAAUUAGUCUACCUUUUGAUAGAGAUUUUGGUAGUACCCUCAGGAAAAAAAUGUUGUAUAGCUGUCAGUUGAGUUGAAAAUAGAAAAUCAGGUGAUCAUUGUAUUGUAACUGUAAUAUAAGUGGAGAGUAGGCCGAAUUAGGAAUGCUAGUUCCCAUUUUUCAUGUGAAAAAAAUACAAUACUCGGAUGUGUAACACGUUUUCCGGCUCAUGAAAUUUUAUCACGCUGGAUUAUUUCUUCAUAUAUUUUUAUUAGAAUGAGAAAAUUUACACUGA